UUAACGCGCUUUCGCUUCCGGAGCAGCUCCGUCCAUUUCUCCUGGCGGACAGACGAGGCGACUCUCCAUAAGAGAAACCAACCCAAACAGGUUUGUUUACAAGCGGACAGCAGGUGCGCUGCUGCCUCUGGCCCCAAGUCCACCAUGGCUCAGAACCAGGUGAUCCUGCAGUUCCGCUUUGCCACAUUUGGGGACUCCAUGCUACAGAAGAUGAACCUUCUGCGUCACCAGAGGCGCUUCUGCGAUGUCACGGUACGCAUCAAUCAGCUGGAGGUCCCUGGUCACAAGGUAGUGUUUGCUGCCGGCUCAUCUUUCCUGAGAGACCAGUUCAUCCUGCAGCAGGACUCAGGGGAGGUACAGAUCUCCAUGAUCCAGGAGGCGGAGGUGGGUCGGCAGCUGCUGCUGUCCUGCUACACAGGCCAGCUGGAGUUCCCUGAACUGGAGCUGGUCCACUACCUGACUGUGGCCAGCUUCCUGCAGAUGGGCCACAUUGUGGAGCAGUGCACUCAGGCCCUCAACAAAUUCAUCAAACCACAGCCUGCUCGCUCGCUGGAGGUGGAUGUGGAAGUGAGGAGGGAGAGGAGGGACGAGGGUUUAUCUUCCCAGCUUCAGAGAGAACAAGAGCGCUCUCAAACACAGACUGUCCCUCAGGAGGAGGAGGGGCUGGUGGAGCAGGUGGAGGAUGAUAACGAUAACGAUAAUGAUCAUGAUGAUGAUGACGAAGAUGAGGAAGACGACAACGACAUGGACGAUGAUGUGAUCAUACAGCCCAAGACGCCUCUCCAGACCGUGGGCAGACGUGCCCGGCAGGGUGUCGUGGAGAGUGACAUCACCAUAGUGAAAGUGGAGUCUGUGUCAGAUUUACCAGAAAACUCUAUUGCUGGUCACUUCCCGACCAGCCCCCCCGCUGCCCUCCACUCCCCAGAGCCCCAGCACUCCCUCAUCAACUCCACUGUGGACAGUCGCGGCGGUGAGCUGGCAGUGGCUCCCCUGCCCGGUUACCCUCUCAGCCCGCCUCCUUCGUCACCCCCUGCAGAGAAGCACAUCACCCAGGGCAGCGGGCACCAGAGGAACUACGACAAGCCGCUCCAGUGGUACCACCAGUGCCCCAAGUGUGCUCGAGUCUUCCGCCAGCUGGAGAACUACGCCAACCACCUCAAGAUGCACAAGCUGUUCAUGUGCCUACUGUGCGGCAAGACCUUCACGCAGAAGGGCAACCUGCACCGGCACAUGCGCGUGCACGCUGGCAUCAAGCCCUUCCAGUGCAAAAUCUGCGGGAAGACCUUCACCCAGAAGUGCUCCUUGCUGGAUCACCUAAAUCUACACAGCGGGGACAAGCCGCACCGAUGCAACUACUGUGACAUGGUGUUCGCUCACAAGCCCGUGCUCCGCAAGCACCUCAAACAGAUCCACGGGAAGAACAGCUUUGACAACGCCAAUGAACGCAGCCUGCACGACGGGGGGCUUGAUUUUGACUUUGGCCGAAUAUGAGACCUGUGGACCUUCUUCUUUUUUUUUUUUUUUUUUUUUAUAGAUCUGUCAUGUGCAUCAGUCACUCCAGUAGGCCAAAUUAUUAUUGUGUAAACUUGUCAACCAGGGGAGGCAUGGUUCAAAUCUUGAAUCAUAGUAUAAGAAAUUGAAUUAACACCACAAGAAAUUGCAAUGGCUUGUUAAGAAGCAGUGACAACACUUUAUGGGAAGAAUCAAAAAACUGAGAUUGCAGUAAAAGACACAAACAUAUGAAUGUCAUAUGCAGAGUAGUGAACAUCACAGUUUAAGAAUCUCCUCCAGGGAUGCACAGAGCCGAUGUAAAAGAUCAGCAACAAAAGGCCUGAUCACAUUCCAGUCAUUAUGAUUUUCCACUUCUGCAAAAUUCACAUAAAGAUCCGUUACCACAAAUCAUCACUUUCCACUGUUUGCAGUAAACAUUGUUGAGGAGAGAGGCACAUUGUUGUAAUGUCAGCCAACUAUGUGCAGUGUUUACAAUGCAAGCAUUUCAGCAUUUCAACAGUUUGUAAUAAUGACUGACAAAGAUCAUUAUUGGAAAGAGCCAUAAUGUAGGCUGCAACUGCUCAAUAAUUGGCAGAUACUAUUCAGUUGGGGAUAUAGAUAUUUCAAUGUAACUUCAUUCCAGGCUGCCCCCUCCGUACUGAGAAAGGUACCUGAUUAUUGUGGAAAAAGGUAGAGUUAAUAAGAGCCACCCACUGUCCUCUCAUUGGUCUUUUAAGUUGUCCAUCUUCAUUUUCCCCCGGGGGAAACACAUUUCGCAGGGCGGAUGUAAGUGGAAAUGAAAAUUCAAAAAUUCCCAACAGUCCACAGAAAUAGGAGGGCUUUGUUGAACGGGACAUCCCUAAUGUCAGCCUUAUCGUGAUUGGUUAAACUGGAGGACACAAGGGAACAUGAAGGGAAAGUGAUUUUCCUGGUUGAAGUUUCACUGUAGCUUCAUUAUCGUGGACCAAUUUUGGUUGAAUCAUUUUGUACAGACUAAUAAUUUUAGCUGCAAUAUUAGAUGCCUUCAUAUUAUACUUGAAAAUUCAGCACUGAAAGACAAAAGAAUAAUCACUGUAUAUUCUUAGUUUUAUUGAUGAAUUAACAUAACCUGUUCCUGUAUAGUUUGUCCAAUGAAAAAAGAAAUGUUGCAAGAUGAAAAAACAUCCGUUUGUAUGUUGUGGAUACAGUCUACUGUAGGCCUUUGUAGGAUAUCCUGUGAAUAUGAAUGACAUUGAUUUUUCAAGUAGCAGAAACUUGAGAGUGCGUGGACUAACAUAAAUGAAGGCAAGCUACACCAAGUUCUCCUUACAAUGAAAAACGGAAAGCCAAAGUAUCUCUACGAGCUGAAACACUUCUUUUUUUAUUGACUCAAAAUACUGAAUAGCUGAGGUACUUGGACCAAAAUGACAUUGUGUCUGUCCUAUAUUCAUUGAAGUCAGUGUGUGGUAUGAAUUAAAAGUCUACUAAACUAA